AUGCCAGCCCUCCACGUUGCGGAAAAUGACCCUCAGUACGGUAUCAUGGCCUCGAAAAUCCUGCAAGAGCUCCUCGGCCGAUGGGCGCAGUACGAGCCAUUACCGCCCACACGUCUACUGCGAGAAUGCGGCUGCGGGUGCGUAAACUGUGAGGAGCUCGACGAAUUCCUGAUGGACAAUGGCAAGCGGGUACUGUCGUAUCGAGAGAAGUCUGCGAUAAGAGACCAUAUCUAUUGCAGACUGCAUAGUCAGGACGAUUUGGUAGAAAGAACCAUCCUACGGAAUGGGUCUCCGCAUACAUUGACCAUUUCGAAGAUCAAUGGCGAGUUCGAACAAUAUAAGUGGAAUUACAGGCGAAAGCAAGCAAAGAAGUGGAUUAAGGACCUGGGCAAUAAGGAAUGUCUCCGAGACUUGUUAGAUCUCAUGUACGACGAAAUUAUGGACUUUACCGCAUUUCGGGUCAAGACCAGGACGACACAGCCACGGUCGGACGAUACUAUCAUGCUGGCUCGCAUCAAGGAUUGGCUGAAGACGCACUACGAGCCCAGCAUUGAUCAUGUGACCAGCAGAUCUAACAUCAAGCAGGCAUUCAGGAACACCCUCAGGGUUUUCGAUGAUGUGUUCAAGGCACCGAGCUCGAGUGUGUUCUUUGGGUUGCUGGACAGGGUCUUCCCAUCCGCACAGGUACAUCAUGGCAAGUACAAGCAACACUACUCUGUGGUGGUUGGCAUCAAACCGAGACAGAAGCCUUUGGAGGUUCGCCCUAGCUAUCCCUGGAAAACCCCUGAGACGAGAGACUUACCGGAUGCUCGCGUCACUGUGGCGAGUCCUGCGACCCGGCCGCAGCCCUCGCGGGAAGAAGCUGGCGAGCGAAGUCUACAGGCUUCUGCACAGCUCAAUGCUCCUUCCACCAACAUCGUACGGAAUCCCGCUGCUGCAAUCCGACCAGAUGCAUCGUCGAAGGAUACAGCACGUGAUCUAACGUCACUAUCAAACUCAGCAUUACAGCACCUCAACGAAUCAGAACGCACGGCCCGAUGGCUCCGACAGCACUUCGUCCGACACCAGGCCUGUCUCGAGCUGAAAGCAGAUAUUUGGGCCGAUUACACACAUUCCUUCCCACCUUCGCCCGACUAUGCACCUCCCGUGACGGAGCUGAGCUUCCAAUCGAUCCUGGUGACGACUUUCUGGCGGAAAGGCGAGGGAUAUCCGCGGCAUGAUGAGCGCGCUGUGUAUGGUAUCAGAUCAAAGGCGGGGAGGGAGAGUCAGCAGGUGGCUAGGACGCCGUUGCGGACUAUUGUGAACCCUCCUGCGUUAGGGCAGCCUGAAAGAGCGACAGAAGGGAAGAGGAAAGCUGGAGUUGAGCCAUUGACACCGAGGUCGAAGCGGAGACGUGCUACUGCUGUUGUUGAUCUUUCUGCUUCACCGUGA